AACCGGAAGCUUCCCUUAUUGUCACUUUUUCCUCCCAACAUGGCGGUGAAUCUUACUGAAUUGUCGCUUCCACAGCUGGAAGGUUUAAAGACUCAACUCGAGCAGGAAACAGAAUUUCUGUCAUCAUCCAUAGCUCAGUUGAAAGUAGUUCAAACGAAAUAUGUAGAAGCCAAGGACAGUCUCAAUGUUCUCAAAAAGAGUAAUGAAGGAAAAGAGUUGCUUGUCCCUCUUACCAGCUCUAUGUAUGUUCCUGGAACUCUAAAUGACGUAGAACAUGUACUGGUAGAUGUGGGAACAGGUUACUUUGUAGAGAAGAAUGUAGAGGACAGUAAAGAGUUCUUUAAGCGCAAAAUCGACUUUCUCACGAAACAGAUUGAGAAGAUUCAGCCUGCACUUCAAGAAAAACAUGCUAUGAAGCAAGCUGUGGUUGAAGUCAUGAACAUGAAGCUACAGCAACUGCACAGCCAACAAACGUCACAAUCCGGCACCACCAAGGCAUAAAUACACACUCUCUCUCUCUCUCGCUUGCACACAUUUCACUACUCUGUAAUAUAAUCUAAGGGUCUGUCAUGCUGACCAUUCUGCAGACCACUGUUUUGAUGUAAACACAUUGUCCUUUGGUAUUCACAAUUAUUCUUACAGAUGUAGUUCAAUGGUAUGGUAAUUAAACUGUCAUCUAGUUACCAGCAAAGUAUUCAUUAAUUUAUGUCAAAGUUUCUCUCUGUGUGCUGCCUGAUGUUGUUUUUAACUUAAAGAUUUAAUAUUCCAGUAACCCCCCCCCCCCCCCCCGGACUGCUAGGCACUGCAUCUCCUUGGCCUGUUUGGGGCCCACCUAAAACUGUCUGCAGCUGCAAAAAUGAAUAUUUUGUCUUGGAAAAAGAGACCUAAAAACAGAUAGGCCAAAAAUAGCUGUUAUAUGCUGAUGUCUGUAUGUAAAUAAGUUUCUUUUGGGAAAAAUGUGUAAAACGUGAGGCACUCAGCUUUAUGAUUAGAUCUUUCUCCUGUUUUCUAAUGUACAUCAUGUUUGGGUAUUAAAAGCGGGGUUAAAUGUGAAAA